AUGAAGGUCGAAGCUGUCAAGGCUGCCCUUACAAAAGUACUCGAAGGACAAGUCGAAUUUACAGUUGUUGGAGCUAAAGCCGAAUCAAAAGUAUCCGAACAACCAAUGACAGCCGAAGAGACAAGAUGUGGUGCUUGCAACCGCAUUGAAACAUGCGAGGAGAAGGGCGACUACUAUGUUUCCAUCGAAUCAGGCGUCGACCGCGAAUUUGAUAACUUAUAUUCCUUCACAUUUGCUGCAAUUGCAAAUGCUGGCAAGACAAGAUUCGGAUUUGGUACAUCAUCCAAGUUCCCAGUCCCAGAUAAGAUUGCUCGUCAAAUCAUUGCUGGCAAUGUACUUGGAUCGGUUGUUCACAACGACGACGGACUUAUCUCUGCUCUUACAGGUGGUCUCAAGACACGCGCCGAGCUUAUCAGCGAAGCCGUUCUUGCCGCCAUCAUCCCAUUCCAUGUCUUCAAGACUGAAAUGCCAAAGGACGUCCCAGAGGAAUGCGUCAAGUACGCCAACGAUGCCGAUGUUACACAACUCGACAGAAACGCCCUCGCUGAUGAACUCCGCGAGCUCGAUUUCAAGCCAGUUACAAACUUCUUCAAGAAACCAGAAGGCACACUCGAAGUCACCGAAGUUAUCCAUCCAGGCGACAACGCUGAAGACAUCUACGCCAACGGUGUUGAAGCAAUCCGCCACGGAGAAGUCGCCGUCAUCAUUAUGUGCGGUGGCCAAGGUUCCCGCCUCGGCUCUCCAAUUCCAAAGGGCAUGGUUCAGCUUGACAUCCCAUCCAAGUCAUCUCUCUUGGAAAUCCAGCUUCGCCGUGUCAAGAAAUUGAACAGUUUAUUCGCUCGCUACAACCAAUCAUCGAAAGGCAUCCCCGUCUACAUUCUUACAUCCGAGGAGACACACUCCGCCCUCGCCGCCUAUCUCAUGGCCAACAGAAACUUCGGAGUCCCAUAUGUCAGACUCUUCCAGCAGCAGUUGUUGCCUGCCAGACAUCCAGACGGACGUGUUGCCAUGCGUAACAAGCACAAAGUACUCGCUGCUCCAAACGGAAACGGCUCAAUUUACGAAGCGAUGGAGACAUCCGGAGUUCUUGCAGAUAUGGAACGCUUAGGUGUCAAGUACAUCGAAUGCCAUCCAAUUGAUAACGUUCUUGCUCGUCCAGCCGAUCCAUUCUUCAUCGGACAGAUGAUGUACGAAGAAUCCGACUGCGCAAUGAAAGUUCUCAAGAAGGUAUCCCCAUCAGAGAGAAUCGGAACAGUCGCAAAGAUAAACGGAAAAGAUAUCAUCAUCGAAUACUCCGAAAUUCCACUUGAAGAGUCUGCAAAGCACAUGUACGGCAGUAUCGCUAUCCACGGAUUUACACUCGACCUUCUCAAGAAGGCUGCAAAGGCAGAUCUUCCAUUCCAUAUCGCAAAGAAGAUGGAAAACACAGUUGGAGGCAAGGAAGAAGUCCACAAGUUCGAGAGAUUCAUUUUCGAUGUCCUUGAUAUCGCUCAGCACCCAAUCUUCGUCGAAGUCAAGAGAGAGGAAGAAUUCGCUCCAGUCAAGAACGCUCCAGGUUCACCAACAGACUCCCCAGAAACAGCAAAGGCUUUGUUACUCGCUGAACACAGAAGAUGGGCUGAAGCCGCUGGAAUCAAGUUCGAAGGCGAAGGCGAAUUCGAAAUCAGACCAGAGACAUCUUACGCUGGAGAAGGAAUCUUGGAGAGCUACCCAGACAUGACAUUCAAGCUCCCAUUCAUUCUCUAA